CCCGACAGUCCGAAAUCGGAACACAUUAGUUCCGAAUCCACCUUCCAGCAGCUCGGAAAGCGCGGAUAACCAGCAGACAUGAAAAACCGAGUGCCGAUUACUGUUACCACAACUCUAGAUUUCUCCAGCAAGAUGACUUUUGAAUGUGAGACCUGCUAAUUGGUUGUGUUGCAAUGAUGAACAAGACAUAUAAGGAUCUAACAAUUUAUAAUUCACUACAGACUACAUAUUCCGGAAUGAGGAGAGAUUCUCAAAAAGCUUACUAAGAUUUUCCAAACAUGUUUCGUUGGAGAGGCGCAUACUUCCUGGCAUCUAGGUUGUACAGCACAAGACCUGCAACUACCGACUCAUUGUUGGACCAGUUGAAAAUCUGUAUUAGUGAAGACCAAGUCUUUCAGUUAGUUGGAAAGAACAAGGCCAAACUCUCAGCCACACAUGUAACAUCUGCCAUUGAUUUGCUGUGGGAGUUUCAGAAAGAGAAACCCAAACUACUAAGAACUAUUAAUUAUAUUAAAGGUCACCAGGAGUUUAUUGCUCUUCGUAUCUUAGCAGAAAAUAAGAUCAGUCUGAUUGAUGAUGAAGCCUUGGUAGAACUGCUGUACAACGUUAUGAGGUUAAACGUGGAAGCCCAUGAUUCUCUUAUGCAGGAAUUAGUCGUGGAAGGGUGGAGAAGACUGCAUGGGUUUAAUUCGACUGCACUAUCAAAAUUUGCAGUGUGUCUUGUGGAACUGCACAUGCAAACUAGUCCACUUACAGGACAAGUAGCCAGUAUUGUAGACCAAAUCCUGGACGAUCUUCAUGAUGCAAGAAUCCUCUCCAGUUUAAUGGUCAGUAUUUGUUCUGUUAUCUCUCCACGGCUACGAGAUCGGCUAGUAGAGAAAGCAGAGUGUAUGAUGGACGAUGUCCCCCAGUACAAUCACGCUCGCAGGAUUGUACAGUUUCUUCGAAACAUAAAAUAUACCUACAGGCCACUGCUGGAAAAGUGUAACAAGAUCUUCCUUCAGAGCAUUAAUCACAUGGAUCUGGAAAAUCUGUGCAUCAUUAUUGGAUUGUAUCAAUCCCUACAGUUUAACAACUGUGAAUUUAGAUUAAUGGCAAAAACCAGAUUAACCCAAUCAGUAGAUGAUUGUGAUGAUGUGGCUAGUUUUACAAAAGUGUUUGCGGCACUUGGACCCAUGGCAAUGCAGGAAACCAGAGAAAGGCUUGAAGACAGGAUACUGACCUUUGCUGAUGAAAUGAAUCCUCACCAAGUUCUUGCUGUUCUUGGAACUAUGGAGGAAAUGGAAUGCAGAAAUAAUCACCUCCAUCAGAAAAUUUCUUCACUUUUACAAAAAUACUUAGAUUUCUACAGACCCAUAGAUCUGGCUAAAAUAGCACAAUCUUUGGUGAUGCUUCGCUGCCAAACUCCAGAAUUGUUUUCACAUCUACAGAAACUUGUAAUAAGUCACUUAAAAAAAAGCAUCAUACCAAGUGAUGUGGCUAUGUUGACAAGGAUCUUCUCUGUAUUGCCUUCUCCUCGAGUAGAUGAGUCAAUCAUCUCUAAGAUAGAUGCAGUUUUGCCCCAGUGCAAUCUAAGUGACCUCAGUGCAAUCGCUCUUGCCAUAGUCAAAUGGGUACGGACAGACCAGAUUUCUCACUACAACACAUCUGGAGCUUAUGGGAAACUCUUGCAAAAACUAAACGGCUUCGGGCUUGAAAGAGUUAAACAAAUAGACAACAUUGACCUGCUCUUAGAUGAACUUAAAUACAUGACUGGAGACUGGCUGGAAGAAGUGCUUCUUAAAGAGACCGUAGCAACAUGUCAGCGACUAAUAGACCAAGUCACGUGUAAAAACAUUCCUGAGUUUGCAUUGUUUAUAACUCGAACCAACUACCUCAGCCCCCAGAUUUUAGACAGAAUUGCUUCAGUUGCAUCCGAGAACAUUACAAAGUUUCAUUACACUGCAAUAUAUGCAAUUCUACUUCCAUUUGUUGUACUGAAUUACGAGCCUCCACAAGAGGGCGAGUUCUUUGAGAUGUGUAUCGAGCAUUUCCUGCCUCACUUAAAUACAUUUGAUCCUCACCUCUUAGUACUGCUGGGUUACUCUUUAGCUGUAGCAGAAUACUUUCCAGAGGACCUGAUAAAAGCUGUAUUUAAUGUUGAGUUUUUGGGAAAGCUGGAUGCUCAAUUGGAAACACUUCCGACCGCUUUAAACAUGAGGAUCCGUCUCCGUCUCAUGGAGUUAAACCGUGCAGUGUGCAUUGAGUGCCCAGAGUACCAGAUCCCCUGGUUUCAUGAAAAGUACUGUCAGCAGCUACAUCACAAAGUUAAUGGCACUAUGAGUUCAGUGCAAAGACAGAUCCACCAGAUGCUUGGAGAGAUUCUUGGAGGAAUAAAUUAUGCGAAGGUCUCAGUAAUGACCCCUUAUUACCAUGACAUAGAUUUUGAAUGCCUUUUGGACAAAAAUAAGAAGCCAAUUCCUUACAUGGAUGAAAACAUUCUCUCUGCUGACCUGUCCAAAUUGCACACUGGACUUGAUGGGCAGCUGUUGGAAACAAAGUCUCUACCCCCAGGAGCACAAAGAGUUGCAAUAGAAUUUCUAGACUCUAAGGCAUUUUGCAAAAACUCUUCACAUCUAAAAGGAGGACAUGUCAUGAAGAAAAGACAUCUGGAGAUACUUGGAUAUCAUGUAGUGCAGAUUUCAAGUUUUGAAUGGAAUUCGAUGGAGCUCUCAACAAAAGAUGCGUGGAAGGAUUACUUGAGGAAAAGUAUAUUUGCUGAUGACUUAUGAUAUUUUUUUACAAAAAUAAGCAUUUAAUUAUGUAUAUAUUUUUAUUAAUAAAUACUUUUUUCUAAUAA